CUCUCAGCCAAAGCUGACUACAAGCAGCUUGCCUCCAGGUCUCCUUCUGCCCUUAUUCUGACCCUAGGUCUUACUCACACCACCUAAACCAUGGCUCUACUCUUCUUGAUACUAGCCAUAGGCCCCGUACUUGGCUUCUCAGACCUCCCUCAGGGUGUGCGCCUAGUAGGAGGCAAUGGCCGUUGUAAUGGCCGGGUGGAGUUAUGGAAGAAUGAGCGAUGGGGCACAGUGUGUGAUGACCAUUGGGAGAUAAAAACAGUGGAUCUAGUGUGCCAGGAGCUGCAAUGUGGACCAGCUGUGGAAGCACGUGCAGGCAGACUUUAUUCACCAAAAGCCCAGAAAGACCAGCUCAUCUGGAAUCUGAUGUGCAAAGGGACCGAAGAUACUCUGGCAGAAUGUGAAGAAGAUAUUGUAGAAUGUGAUGAUCAUGAUGAAGAUGCAGGGGCAAUCUGUGAAGAACCUAUAAAUUUAGAGGAUUUCCGACUGGUUGAUGGCCCUCAUCACUGCAUUGGCCGAGUGGAGGUGAAAUAUGCUGACAAGUGGGGUACUGUAUGCAAUGAAGGCUGGACCCUCCGGGAUGCUAAGGUGCUGUGUCGGGAGCUGGGCUGUGGAAGAGCCAUUCUGACCAAGGGUUCUUGUAACAAGAAUCAACAGGGCACAGGGGACAUCUGGCCAGGUCGAAUGGAAUGCCAAGGGUCAGAAGCAUCCUUGAAGGACUGUCCAGUUGCACCAGUACAGAAGAACAACUGUACCCAUAAGGAUGACACCUGGGUCCAAUGUGAAGAACCCUUUGCCUUGAGAUUGGUGAAUGGAGAAAGCAAUUGUUCAGGUCACCUGGAGGUGCGCCACAAAGGCAUUUGGGGAUCUGUUUGCAACGAUGGCUGGGGGGAAAAGGAAGAUCAGGUGGUUUGCCAGGAGAUGAACUGUGGUAAGGCCCUCUCCCAGAAGCCACAAGCCAGGAAGAGUUUCGGCCAUGGGAAAGGCCCCAUCUGGUUGGAUGAUGUCCGCUGUAAGGGGAAGGAGAUAUCCUUGGAACAAUGUCAACACCGCUUCUGGGGCUACCACGACUGCACCCACAAGGAGGAUGUGUCUGUGGUCUGUUUUGAAAAAUAGCAGGACCCUUCUUUGGAGCCUAGAGACUGACACAAUCCCUGAAAUGUCUCCUGCCGUACCUCGUGGAUUCCAUCGCUCCCAUGGCUUCUGAUGGACCAGAAGGCUUUAUCUGCUUCUCCUACCAAGGAGUCUUUCAGCCUGGGCCUUAGAAUUGGCUACUCCAGGAUCAACCCUUUCAUUCCUUCCUCCAGUCUCAUAUAAUGUACCAGGUCAGAGGAAGGACAAACCUGCCUGGGAGCUGUUCCCGAUGUUUCUAGUCUCCUCCUCUCACUGAAGACCUCUCUAACUUUCCUUCUCUCUUUUCAGCCCACCUGGGAUCCCCCAGUUCUGCCUCACUGGUAUAUUUCCCUACUGAGUUGUCAGAACAAGACCUUGCAUGUGAAUUAAUAAAAGAAUCAAA